AACGCAUAUGUAAAGCUAGCCAGUACUGACUCGUCCAACUAACAACCGCAGUAGACCGACGCAGCAAUUUAAGUGUGCGUGAUAAAAGAUUCCAACGAAUUGAGAAACAUUUAAUCAUUUUCAAGAUCUUCCCAGAGUGUAAAAAAAUGUCAAGUGCCAAUAAAUUUACAGGCUAUACAUACUUCGAUAGAGAGUAUUGCGAUUUUACGUGGGUAAUAAGUGAUUAUUCAACGCUCUGCGAAGAUGGAAUGCAAUUAAUAUCGCCAGAAUUCCAUGUCGGCAAAGAUGGUCAAAACCAGUUCACGUUAGAAUUAAACGAAAUUCAAAAGAUGGUUCAAAAUAAACAUGUCAACUUUACAAGGUUAGAUCUAUAUUGCGAAAAAAGCAUUGAUCUUUUACCCCUCAAAUACAAGCUAACAGUUAUUAAGGAUGAUAUGAUUGUUCAUAGUCUAGAAAAUUCUACUUCUUUAAAUACGACUUUUUCAUGUACAAUAUUCGAAGUUCCCUUUGAAGAUAUGAAUGAAUUCAUUUCGUCCAACGGUAGCGUCAUUUUUCGUUGUGAAUUGUCAGUUUUCGUGGGAGAACAAAAGAAUCUGCUGAACUAUGAAUCCGUCGAUGCAAACGAAGUACCGAAACUGAAGUUCGGUGGGGUGCUUCUUGACAAAAAAUUCAGUGAUGUCAUGCUACGAGCUGCAUGUGGAAAGGAAAUCCCAGCGCACAGACUGAUGCUCGCUGCUGCCAGUCCAGUAUUCAAUGCCAUGUUCAGCCACGAUAUGUUGGAAAAAGAAAGCCAAACAGUUAAUAUGGUCGAUAUCAAUUUUGAAGCUGUAGUCGAGAUGCUACGAUAUAUUUAUACUGGUAAUAUCGAAAAUGAUGAAAUUGCCAUCAUUACUGAUCUAUUAGUAGCUGCUGACAAAUAUCAGCUUGGAGAAUUGAAAAAUAGAUGCGAAAAAACUUUAAGUUCAAAGCUGUCCUCUGCAAAUGCUGUAGAUAUUUUGAAGGUUGCUGAUAAGCAUGGUGCGAAAUAUUUGGAAAAAAAAGCAGUGGAUUUUGUAAAACUGCAUGUUUGCGCAUCUUCAGAUUCUGAUGUAAAAAAUAUAAUUUUCGGUAGGGAAACAUCUUUUACGAAAUGACCUAAAAGAUUUUUUACAUACAUUUUCAUUUUAUUUGUCAAUAAUAAUAUAUUUUCGUUUUAUUUGUUAUUAAUAAUAUAAUUAUGUGCCACGUCAUCCACGUUAGUUUGAAAAUAUGUUACUAUCGUAUUUCUGAUCAAAA